AUGGCACAGAACACGAUUGCCAGCGCUUUCAGGCGACAAGACUACCUCUCGCCUGAGCAUGCGGGACUGUUGGGUGUGGCUGGCCUGAACUUCCAGGCCCUGCUUUCCGCGAGGGCGACCUUGGAGCGGCGCUCGCUCCAAGCUUGGGCCUCUUUGGAGAAGCUCCAGGCUGAGCUGAGCAACGUUGUGGAUGCUGUCAGCAUGCUCUCCGAGGAAUUGCAGAAGGAAGUCGGCUGCCCAGUCCUCGUGAAAGAGGCCGGCACCAGGACGUUGAGCAAUGCAGCAUGCUUGGCGCACAGAGCGGCGCAGAUGCUGCGCGGGGUGCCUUAA